CUUUUUUUAAAACAUCUGCCAGUUCGUUUUAGGCUCGAAGCUAUAAUUACCAAAGUAAUUGAAAACAAAAGUCUUAAGAGCUGUUUACAAAGUCAGAUACCACGUUAAAUAGACCGGCUAGUCUGCUUACGACACUUAGCAUGUUUGCUAGCUCGAAUUAAUGCAUCCAUUCAUACGGUUGUACCUGAAAGCCUUUGAGAGAAGACUGACAGAGUAUGUCUCCUGUUUGCAACCUGCGACAGGCAGGUGGAGAAUGAUUCUGAUAGUCGUGUCUGUUUGUACGGCUACUGGGGCGUGGAACUGGUUAAUAGACCCGGACACACAGAAGGUCUCUUUCUUUUCAUCACUGUGGAAUCAUCCCUUCUUCACCAUCAGCUGCAUCACUCUUAUAGCUCUCUUCUUUGCUGGGAUACACAAACGAGUUGUCGCACCGUCAAUUAUUGCUGCCCGCUGUCGGACAGUUUUAGCAGAAUACAACAUGUCCUGUGAUGAUACGGGGAAACUUAUUCUCAAACCACGACCGAACAUUCAGUAACCAUAAGCUUGAGCGGGGUGAUCAGAUCCACCUGGUCUUUGCUGAAAGCCACUCAGCGGUGGUCCGAACAGCACUGAUGCAGAAUGCUAUCAUAAUGGAGAUGCAUAUGUAAGAAAGAAGAAAUGAACUGAUAGGGACUUCUAACAGUGUCACUGCGCUGAUGUCACUAUUGAAGAUCAGAGUUCAGAUGUGUUUAUUUCAGUUUCUGAUGUUGAGCAUGUAUUUUAACUAAAUGUUUCUAUUUUUAAAAUUAUUUACCAAAUAAAUACUUUGUGAAAUCA